AUGUCUGCAUCUAAAAAAGCUGUUGUUGUGGUUCUUGGAGAUAUUGGUCGAAGUCCACGUAUGUGCUAUCAUUCUUAUUCGCUAGCUGAAGAGUUAAAGUAUGAUGUGACUAUUAUUGGCUACUUGGACACACGCCCGCAUCUCAGUAUUGAUACUCAUCCUAAAAUUCAAUGUAAAGGCUUAUCUGCCCCUCCUGACUUCUUAAACAAACUCCCAGGGACGAUGCAGCUCGGAAUAAAAUUUAUUUGGACAUUUUUCCAAUUGUUUUGGGUAUUUCUUGUUGGGACAAGCUUGUCACUCGACUUGAUUUUGUUGCAGAAUCCCCCCGCUAUCCCUACAAUGCUUGUUUGUUGGAUGAUGGCGAGAUUGAAAGGAGCGAAGUUUGUAAUUGAUUGGCAUAAUUACAUGUACACGGUGAUGCUCGAUAAAUGGAAAAUGGGAAAGUUCGACAUUAGUCCCGAGCCUUCACAAGAGAACGAAACGACUAAGGAAAUGGCAGCAAUAAAGAAAAAAUUUGGAAAAGAUGUACCAAUGCCCCACUCACGCAAAAAGAAGCCUAAUGAGAAGAAGGAAAAGAAAUCAACAAAGAGAAGAAUUGUUGAACUUGUUCAUAAAUGGGAAGGAUAUUUUGGUCGUCUAGCCGAUGGCAGUUUGUGUGUUACUAGAGCUAUGAGAGAGAAUCUGCUCUCAACAUGGGGAGUAAGAGCAGCUGUUCUUUAUGAUAGACCUCCUAGUUGGUCAUUCGGACAGAUACCAGACGAUUUGAAACAUGACCUUUUCAUGCGUCUCGGUAGUACACCUGAGGGGAAAGUCUUCAGAGCAGACUUCGAUAACGAGUGCAAUCAUUUCACGAAAUAUGAAAAUGGAGAUAUCUUUUGGAAUACAAAACGGCCAAUGAUUUUGAUAUCUUCCACUAGUUGGACUCCAGAUGAAGAUUUUUCAAUUUUAUUGGAUGCAGCCAUCAAGUAUAAUGACGUAGCUCGACUGUGUCGGAAUGAUUCUGAAGAGAAUUAUUUACCAAGUCUGCUGAUGGUAAUUACUGGCCGUGGAGAAGAAAAGGAGUAUUAUUUGGAUAGGAUAAAGCGAUUAAAUCUGGAGAAAGUCGAGUUUCUGACACCCUGGCUGGAAGCGGAAGAUUAUCCAAAGAUGCUUGCAUCAUCAGAUUUGGGAGUUUCGCUUCACACUUCAACUUCAGGACUCGAUUUGCCAAUGAAGGCUGUAGACAUGUUGGGCUCAGGCAUCCCUGUUUUAGCAAAACGAUUCGAUUGUAUAGGAGAAUUGAUAGAGGAUGGGCAUAACGGCCAUCUCUUCGACAACUCAACUGAACUGUUCCGCAUCAUAUUAUCUAUGGCCACUGGUUUCCCGAAUCAUUCAUAUAAGUUGAAUCAACUCAAAAUUAAUGUGUAUGGAGAUAAAUUGCCGUGUUGGGAAGAAACUUGGAGAUCAUCUGUCGUGUCUGUUGUGUCUCCUGAACGAAACAUUCAUUUCGAAAGAGUUCUGGCAGAUGAACCACUGACUGACGACGACGUCGACGACUAG